AUGCAAGAAAGCCCAUUCUGCUGCAAGAGUGGGUGGCGUCUCGCGCUUUGUGGCAGCCGUCACCUCACACCCGCUGAGGCUGGCUACGCGCCGGUGGAGGGCGAAGCAUUAGCGGUCGCAUGGUGUCUCCGCAAGGCCCGCCUCUUCCUGCUCGGGUGCCCAAACCUGCUUGUCAUCACUGACCACCGCCCGCUUGUCAAGCUCUUGGGUGACAGAGAGCUAAAGGACAUUGUAAACCCAAGGUUGUUUGCUCUAAAGGAAAAAACGCUUCAGUUUAGAUUCCUGAUUAAGUAUCUCCCCGGAAAACGUAACUCGGCCGCGGACUUCCUGUCACGCUACCCAACAUUGUGUGCGACACCAGACGUCAUGGAUGAAGAACAGGCUUGUCACAUAGAAAUGGCAGUGGCGUCUGCGACUGCUGCCGCACUUGAAGACGGAAAUUGCAUUGUGCUUGACAAUACGGCGGUGGUGCAGGCAGCUGCAGAGGACCCAGAGUACCAGCUGCUUCUGGCCAGAGUGACGGCGGGUGACUGGCAUCCGCACCGUGCCCAAGAGUUAUCCUGUCUCCGUCAGUAUUAUGGAGUAAGGGACAGGCUGGCUGUGUCACAAGGGCUGGUGACAUACACAUAUGACCAGGGGCAUGUCCGUCUGGUCAUCCCAGAGUCUCUCCGCCAGCACGUAACUGCUAAUCUCCAUGCUGGUCACCAGGGAUUGGACGGAAUGCUACGCAGGGCGAGGCAGUCAGUGUAUUGGCCUGGCAUGGAGGGCGACCUACAGCGCCAUCGAGACGCCUGUGUUACCUGCAACGCUCACUCCCCAUCUCUGGCAGCCGAGCCUUUCACUUUUACGCCCCUUCCUGAGUACCCGUUUCAACAUACGGUGGCAGACUUGUUCCAACUUGAUGGGCAGGUGUACAUGGCUUACGCAGACAGGCUUGAGCUGGCACACUUCCCUAAUGGGGCUACUUCAGGCAAGCUGUCAUCGGUAUUCCGCCAGUACUUCCAGAGGUGGGGGGCACCAGAAUCAGUCUCAACGGAUGGCGGAACAAAUCUCAUCAGUGCAGAGAUGUGUGAAUUCUUCAGGAGGUGGGGGGUGGAGCAGCGAGUCGCGUCCGCUCACUUCCCUCAAUCCAACGGCCGGGCUGAAGCAGCAGUGAAGUCUGCUAAGAGGCUGCUGCGUGACAACACAGGCCCCGGGGGCGGCCUUGACGUGGACAAGGCGUCGGUGGCGCUGCUGCAAUAUCUGAACACACCCCUGCGUGGUGUAGAUAUGUCCCCGGCGCAGUUGGCCAUGGGCAGGCAGUUGCGGGAUGGCGUCCCAGUACAUAAGCAGCAUUACAAGGUGGAUGUACUUUGGCAGCAGGCUUUGCGCGCAAGGGAGCUCAAGGCAGCAAGGCAGCAGGAAAAUUGGAUCAUGAAGCAAGGAACACCCAAGACCCUUUCCCCGUUGGUAUCAGGCACCAAAGUGUGGGUGCAAAAUCAGGCUACCAAGGUCUGGGAUAAGCGAGGUGUGGUCACAGAAGUGUGUCCAUUCCGGAAGUACUUGGUGAAGAUGGAUGGCAGUGGACGCAUCACAUCACGCAACCGCAGGCAUCUCCGCCCCGUCAGAUGCCCCGUCACACCUACGUCACCGACCCCCGCAAAUUCCCUGCCGCCCUCGCCUCUGGUAGAGACACCUGCUCUGCUCCCUCAGCAACUACAGCCUGUGACCCGCCCUAAGAGAUGUAUGAAGCAGCCUUUGUGGCUGUCAGAUUAUGUAGUAGAUUAG